AUGGAACAGCGUUCUCCCUACAGUGGCAACAAGCGUCGACUCGUUAUCGCCUUCGAUCUUGGGACGACCUUUAGUGGAGUGUCCUUCGCCGUCCUUGAUCCGAAUAAGCCGCCGAAGGUCGAGACUGUGGGACGAUAUCCGGGACAGGAUACAUACGAUACCAAGAUUCCUACUGUCAUCCACUACGAUCGAAGUGGAAAGGUUCUGGCAGUCGGGGAAGAGUUGCCUCCAGAGCUAGGAGAUGAGGAUGACGACGAUGCGUUGCCCAUCAGGGUUGAAUGGUUUAAACUCCUUCUACAACCGCGGACGGCCCCUUCUGCGAUGCGCAAGACCGAGCUUCCUCCCUCGAAGACCAUAGUCGACGUCUUCGCAGACUUCUACCGGUAUCUCAACACAUGCGCCGAGAAAUAUAUCAAGGAGUCUGUCAACAUGACCGCAAUGGGUAACUUGGUCUGGGAUUCGGUCAAGAACGAUAUAGACUUCGUCUUGAGUCAUCCGAACGGAUGGGAAGGGCCUCAGCAGGAACUCAUGCGCAAGGCCGCUGUUCAAGCUGGUCUGCUGAAAGAGAAGGACGCUCGAUCAACGCGCCUCAGCUUCGUGACUGAGGGAGAGGCCAGUAUGCACUUCUGCGUUUCGAACGGCCAUUCACUGGAGGCUGGAGAUAACAUCAUGAUCAUCGACGCGGGCGGCGGCACCGUUGAUCUGAGCACUUACAGCUUCGAGUCGUCCAAGCCUAUCAAGGCUGUCGAGAUGGCGGCGCCUGCUUGUCUCGUCGAGGGAUCGGUCAUUGUUAGACACCGUGCCCACACCCACGUUCAGGCGAAGCUGCGUAACUCGACCUUUGGAACGGAAGGCUGCGUAGAUGCCAUAGCGAAUGAGUUCGACAAGACCGCAAAGAAACGCUUCAAAGGUUCUGGCAACGCGGCGAUCAAGUUCAGUCACAACCUUCGGGACACCGAUGCCUCUGUGGGUAUUCGCAACGGACGCAUAACGCUUAGCGAAUCGGAGAUGCGCUCGUUCUUCGACCCCGGUAUUGACGCCCUAACUGAGGCGAUCAAAGCUCAACGCGAAGCAGGCUCUUCGCGCGGCGAGAUCAAUACUUACUUCCUUGUUGGAGGCUACGCAGCGAGCGAGUACCUUCACGAUCGCCUGAAGACUUUCUUGGAUGAAGAUGGACUGAAGCUGUAUCGCCCUGGGUCAUCACCGAACAAGGCUGUGGCUGAGGGCGCUGUCUCGUUCUACCUCGACCGUUUCGUCUCUGCUCGCGUAGCUCGCUUCACCUACGGCACCGUCGUAUCUGUUCCGGCCUACCCCUUCAUGCUCAUGCCCCCGACGCAGAAGGUGCGGGAUCGGGUGAUGACCAUGUACCGAAGCAUGGACGGAGAACUUUGGCUUCCGAACGCCUUCAGGGAGAUACUCACACAAGGGACCGCUGUAUCUGAAACACAAGAGUUCAGAAAGGAGAUAUCUAUGUUCCGUCUAGCGGGUGGCCAGAAUGGAUGGAAGACCGACGUUGACAUCGUCGCAUACCGUGGGACAUCACCUCCCAUGUUCGUCGACGAAGAACAAGCCCGCUUCACCACACUCUGUCAAGUUGAAGCAAACCUCAAGAAAGCGCCCCGUACUCAGGAGCAAGGACCUGCGGGGACGUACUUUCUCAUAGAGGCUAUAGUGGUGCUCUCAUUUGGUCUUACCGAGUUCAAGGCCGAGCUCGCAUGGACGGACAAGAAUGGGGUCGAGAAGAGGAGCCCCGCUACCAUCGUGUACGACCCGGACUUCUCGGUGAACGUUGCGGACGAAUGA